CCAACUUUCUAUCUCUGCCGAUUCUAUCUUCUCUCUCUAAAAUCCCUAAAUUAGGGUUUCAUUUAAAGAAAUUACCCUUCGCCAGCAGAGAUUACACACGAAUGCUUUUAAUCCACCGGAUAAGAAAGCAACACAGUGACGAAAAACAGCGAAACCUUUCUGAAUUGGGAGACUUGAGGCCUUCUGUUGGUGUGGAUGGACAGAAUGGAGUUCACAGUCCGGAGAGAACGACUGUGCUUUUUGAUGGAGAUGAGAAUGGUGCGCAGACGGGGCUAUCACUGGUGGAGCAGUUGAUGCCGGAUCUAAGACUGCAUGCUCUCAGCUUCUUAGAUUAUCCCAGUGUCUGCCGUCUAUCCAUGGCGAAUUCCCUCCUGUAUAGAGCUGCCAAUGAUGAGAUUUUAUGGAAAACACUCUAUCUUAAGGAUUUCUCGUUGGAGCAAGCUGAUGUUACGCCAGCCAAUGGAUGGAAAGCUUAUUAUGCAGCUAACUUAGCCAUUGUUAACAUCAACGCUGAGUUUUUUAGGAUAGUUAAAGAGAGGUCACAUACUGCUAUGUCCCAGUUUUGGCUCAAGGCAGGCUACGUCAAAUGUUUCCGUGCUACUGGCGAGUCAUUUACUGGUUACAAUCAAGUCAUGGAGAGCUGGCGUGCGACAUUUAACCAGGAGAAUGAUAAUAAUUUCCAGAUACGAGAUGUGGUAUAUGGUGCACCAUCAUUGCUUAGCAGCUCUCUUCCACGGAGGAGCUGAUCAACAAUUUGUAUAGAGAUAAGGAAACGUCCUUGCCAAGGAUUUUCAAG